UGAUGUUAGGUGGCACUAGAGACUGGCAGCCAGCGCUGUGGAGUUUGCAGUCCAACAGCAGGAAAUGUCGCUGCUAAAGAUCAUCCAUCUUGGGGUUCUGUUGGCUGCAGAUAUGCAGAUGAGAUGAAUUAGCUGGCAAACAAAAGCCCCUAGCCAGCAGCCAUUCUCUCUCUUAGCCAUUUCUCCUUCCAUGGGAACACAUCUCCAGAGAAUCUACAGUUAGGAUGGUUCUCCCUCUCGGCCUGCUGCCAAGAGAGUGACCAGAUGGAGCCUCACUUUACUAAGAAGACUCCAGAUGUACAUAUUUGUAACUUUUCUACGUAAGCCUGCCUUUCUGAGAUUAUGCUGUUAACUCAGGAUGUCAUUGAAUAACACAUGAAGCAGACCUCAGAUUAUCUAAAACCUCACUCCUGACACACGAGAGAGAAGAACCAGUGGAGGAACCCCAAGGUAUCCACAAGGACAGAAAAUCUUCAGAAAACAACCUAAAAGAAAGGAAAUAAAAAACAAACAAACCUGCCCCAUAAUAGUUGGCAUGCAAUGAUGAACGCACCUGCCUGACUGCAAUGGAAGUGCCCUCUUCCCGCAAAUCCAAGUCUCCAAAUAGAAUUCCUACAUUACAUCCUAUGUAAUGUUCUGUGUUGGAAUUGUUCUGUGUUCUGAAAAUCAUUAGGAUGUCCAGCCAUAACUACGGGAUGACAUAAUAUGGACAAUCUGAAGGCAGAAGCAAAGACCAUUGUGAUUUGCCAGUGGCAGUGGCGUUGCUAGCAAGAAACCCCGCUGUUAACUCUUGAGAACGGAACGAUCGCGUCGAAUCUCGCGAGUGAGCAACUGAAAAAACACUCGAGAGAAACUAACGGCAAGCAAACAUUGCAACGCGCGUUGUGCGACGGUCCCUGUCCAGCAGCCCAGCUUCCCUCCGCCCCCUCCCCCUGCCGCUGCCGCUGCUUUCGCUUCUGCUACGACCAGGAAAACGUCCCCGAAAGCGCCCGGCCAGACAAAGCGCCCUCCCGCCAUUGGUGGCUUCGCUCAACGUUCGGGCUUCCCCUAGGCGCGCCGCGUCCAAUAGAUUCAUUGACAUGCAAAUCAGAGGCUAUAAAUAGGGCCGGGGCGGCGGUCGCGGGAGGGGGCGGGGGAGUGGGUUGUGCUCUGAAGCGGGACGGAGGCAGCAGCUUUUUGGCUUAAUUUAUUUAUUUCGUUGCACUAUUUUCCGGCCUCCGCCUCCUUGCCUCCGCCCCCAGCCGCCCUUGCUCUGCACUUCUCCGUCUCCGCUCCGUCGUCCUGCAUUUGCCCCAUUCGCAUCGCCCCGGAUCCGGCCAUGGCUCCCUCCUUUCGGCCCAGCAAGAACCGACCGAGCCGGGACGAUGAGGAUUUCUUCGAGGCCAGGGGAGACAGGAAGGCAAGGAAGCCGCUGGUGGAGAAGAAGCGGCGGGCGCGGAUCAACGAGAGCUUGCAAGAGCUGCGGCUGAUCUUGGCGGACACGGAGUUCCAGGCGAAGAUGGAGAAUGCCGAGGUGUUGGAGCUGACGGUGAAGCGGGUGCAAGGCAUCCUGCAGAACAGGUCUCUCGAUGGUGACAAACUGCAGCGGGAGGCCAGCGAGCGCUUUGCAGCUGGGUACAUUCAGUGCAUGCAUGAAGUUCAUACCUUUGUCUCCAACUGCCCUGGGAUUGAUUCCACCAUUGCCGCAGAGCUCUUGAACCACCUUCUGGAGUCGAUGCCUCUGAACGAAGGCAGUUUCCAGGACCUGAUAGCAGAUGUCUUGUCAGACCCCUCCAUCGGCCAGUGGCCUGGCAGCGAUGGGCUCUCCCAGACGCCUGGGGAAUCGCUUGGAGCUUUGAACCUGCCCAGUCCCAAUUCGCCUCUUCCUUCACCUUCCUCCAGUGAGGAGACUUGCUCUGAUGUGGAAGACACGGAGGCUGAGCAAAGCCACAUCUCUUUGGAUGGACUGGACAGGUCUAGGACGCAAAAUGUGCCUUGCUCCAGCCUUUCCAAAUCCAUGUGGAGACCUUGGUAGCAAAGAGGCUGCACAGGAACCAACGGAGAUCUACCUAUUAGGGAGAAUACUUGAGCACUGUGUUCUUCUAGCCAUUGGAAUAGAGACGGUGAGGAUUUCAGAUGGUGCAUUUGUGUCGUAAUGUUGCUGUAUUUCAGGACUGUAUAGCUGGGCACUCUUACACUGUCAAAUCCUGACAGGCUAAAUAGCUCGAAUGUGUUAAUAUUUCAUCUGUGAGUGUGAGAGGUGAAUAUUUGAAAGCCUUGGUUUCUUUUUAUGAUUAAGGGUGUGGGUUAAAAGAGAUGGAAGUGUGGAAGCAGAGCUCUUUUGUUGAAGCACAGCAGUGUUUUGCAACUUACCUUUUUUUGUUUCCUUGGUUUUUUUUUUUAAUGGUCCUUAUAAGUGGCCCUGAAUCACUACCUUUUUUUUCGAUUAGGAAAAAACCCUUGUGCAUUUGAAAACUUGGUGGUUUAAUACCAGUGAAAUGUAUGAAGUUAAGCAGUUAUGCGCAACUUCAAAUGUUCUAGUGAUAGAUAUUUUUUCUCUCUCUUAUUUUUUAAAAAGGAAAAUCCCUGAAAGGGAUUGGUGAAGCUAGUCUCUUGAUGAGUUUAGUGGUCUAGGAUUUCUCCUUCAGUGAAGGAAGAGGAAACUAGGAGCCAGAAUGGAAUUAGGUGAGCAUUUAAACUAUUGGUGGCAGGGUGCCUUUUAGAAACGUGUCUUACACACAGCUAGCACAUUUGAAUUUAUUGUGGUAUGUUUUAUAGCUUGUCAAAUGUUUUAUUUUAAUCUUUUUAUAUAUAAAAAAAUAAAAGCAACCAAAUUCACCAAUGAUUGCAUGUAUUUUGAGGGGUGGGCGACACUUCUGCUCUAGAAAUUCCGUUCCAAGUGAGCAAUUCAUAAAUAUGUAUCCUUGAGUGCAAACAUUGGUAAUUAAGCACUUAAUUAUUGUACUGAACUUGCCUGCUCAAGUAUGGGGAGUUGGAAUGUUUCAUUUGUUCAGGAUUCUCGGGCUAACACAGUGGUUAUACUUCUGAUUUUUGGCACACGUAUGUUCUUGCCUUUGGUUACGCGACUUCCCAAUUUAGUUUGUCAUUGCUAAGCCUUUGUUUUUAAGCAACAACACUGGUAAUUGUGUAAAAACCAAUAACAAAUGACUUAGUGAGGGUUUGAACCAUUUGAAUACCUUCCCGGUUUGAAUGGAAAAACAUUGAAUUUACAUGCCAUUAAUUAAGAAACUCGAAAGAUGUUCUUUGAUCUACUGCAACUUCAGCUUUCCUCCACUUAAAAACAGGUGGGUUUUUUUAAAAAAAAAAUUAAGAUGUGUGAGCUGUUUCUGCUGUUACAUUCCCACAGAGCUGUCAUUGUAAUAUAGAUCUAUGCUGUACGUUUCCUUAACGCAAGAAAAAUGUCCCAGCAUAGAGAAAGAAAGGAAGGGGUAAAAGUAAGGUUGGAGGGCUAGCUAUGUAAUCUUCCUUUUUGUUAACCAUGUGGAAUAAUAAAAUUGGAAACAAAGUUUA